AUGUAUUUCAGUGCUGUUGUGAUUGACUACAUCAACAGACUCUCCUUGCUGAACAUCUCGCUACUGUCUGAGAUCAACUGGUUCUUGAGAACAGCAGAGAUGGCCCGGGUUUAUGGCAUACAGUUCUACGAGGUGUGGAGCCGAGGUUCACAACUACGAGUCGAGUCGAUGCUUUUUCGACUGGCUCACACUCAAGGCUAUGUGCUACCAUCGGUCACUGUGCCGCAAAGAAUAAAAAUGGAAGCUCCUGAGCAACUCCAGCUUGUCAUGGAGCCACUGUCUAAGGUCUAUUUUGAUCCGGUCAUCGUCCUUGAUUUUCAGUCCCUGUACCCUUCCAUGGUCAUCGCCUACAAUUACUGUUUCUCCACAAUUUUUGGAAAGGUUUUCGAGCUGGAGAGAAUGGCUCGUGAGAAUGGGAACUCCAUCAAAGUUGGUGCGAUGAAGUAUACGGUAGCGAAAUCCCAACUUGUGGAGUGCAGUUUGAAAAAGAAGCUCCAUUGCUCACCCCUUUCGGCCGCUUUUGUUACUCCAGCUCAACGUACUGGAGUUUUGCCCACAUUCAUGAGAGAGGUACUUGGUGCUAGAGUCAUGGUAAAGGCGUCAAUCAAGCAUGCGCGUAGCAAGCGCCUCCGAAGAAUUCUGGAUGCACGGCAGCUAGCAUUAAAACUUAUAGCCAAUGUCACUUAUGGUUACACCAGCGCAAACUUUAGUGGAAGAAUGCCGUGCGUCGAGGUCGCGGACGCCAUCCUCGGAAAAGGUAGAGAGACUCUCGAACGAGCAAUAGCUUUGGUUAAUAACGGCAACUAUGGUGGGGCAAGAGUCAUCUAUGGCGAUACGGACAGUAUGUUCGUACUUGUUGCAGAGGCAUUUGCCAUCGGAAGACGCAUUGCGGAAGAUGUGACAAAGGGGAAUCCUACACCUGUUGUGUUAAAGCUGGAAAAGGUAUACAUGGGCUGUGUGCUAGAAACGAAAAAGCGCUAUGCUGGCUGGAUGCACGAGAGCGAGGAUGAUGAAGUAGGAUCAUUAGACGCAAAAGGAAUUGAGACUGUUCGCAGAGAUACAUGCCCGGUUGUGGCCAAGGUGCUCGAACGAAGCUUGAGGUUGAUAUUUACGCGAAAUUGGCGAGGGCUGGGAAUCUACCUGGACUCAAAGCUUUCACGUCUUCGGGAUCUGCCUUAUACUGAUUUUGUAUUCUCCAAGGAAUAUCGAGGCCACUAUCAUGAAAAUGGACCUGUGCCCCAGCUCAAAGUGGCGAUGUCCAUGGCAGCAAAAAGUCCGGCGCACAUAGCUCUUCAUGGUGAACGACUUCCAUAUAUAGUUACUUACGGACCUCCAGAAGCUACUGUGAUAUCUUGUGUGCGCUCACUUGCCGACUUUUUAGCAGACAAAAGUUUACAGGUCCAUACCGCAUACUACGCUCGUGCACAUAUCUUGCCUGCCUUGCGUCGGGUUACUGAUCUUCUUCUUCUAUCAAUACAAUGGCAUGCUGAUGCUAACUCACCUUGUUUUACGUAAGU